AUGUCGCAGACAGACGCGAUUACGACGCAAACUACAACGCUUGUCGGCUGUCCCAAAGAUGAACUCUUGCUAUCUCGAGUCAAGCACUCGCUCUUACUCGCCGCUCAGCACAGCAAAGAGCAGAUCAAACCAGACGGACACUGGUGCGGCGAAGUGAAAACAAACGUAACGACGACUGCGGAGUGUGUCUUCCUAUACUACUCGCUAGGCAUCGACCUCACGAAGGACCGUGAAGCAAUCAUCCAAUGGCUCCUUUCCGAACAAAGACCCGACGGCUCUUGGAGCAUUGCCCCGCGCUAUCCAGGCGACAUAUCACUAACAGUAGAGGCUUAUCUUGCUCUGAAGAUCCUGGGUGUCCCCCAGGAGAGCCCGGUAAUGCAAAAAGCGUGCGAAUUCGUUCUAGCAGUCGGUGGUGUCGCCAAAGUCCGCAUCUUCACCCGCAUAUACCUCGCCAUGUUCGGUCUCUUCCCCUGGGCAGUUGUACCAGAGUUGCCUCCCGAGUUGAUUCUUGUGCCUUCGAUGUUACCCAUCUCGAUCUACCAAUGGGCGGCUUGGGCACGGGCUACAGUUGUCCCACUGCUGAUUAUCUCACACCAUCGUCCGAUCUACGCCCUACCCAAUGGCAAGUCCGAGUCGAACACGUACUUGGAUGAACUGUGGACGGACCCUGCAAACAAGAUGGCGCCCUAUGGAGCUAGUGUGUUCACAUCGUGGAGUUCAGAUGCCGCUGUCUUCGCAUUCACCCUCCUUGACUCGAUUCUACAUCGCCUCAACGGACUGAGAACGUUCAACCCCGUCCGUCGAUAUGCAGUACAAAAGUGUGUGGAUUGGAUUCUUGAACACCAAGAGGCGGCGGGUGAUUUUGGGGACAUCAUGCCGCCACUGCAUGGGGCUAUGUUCGCACUGAGCUUGGAAGGAUACGCUCUAGACUCGGACCCUAUGCACCGGGGAUUAAAAGCGAUCGAGCGCUUCUCAUGGUCUGACCAACGCGGGAAGAGGAUUCAAACGACAGUCUCUGCUUUCUGGGAUACUAGCUUGAUGGUUAUCGGUCUCAGUGAUGCAGGGGUGCUACCAAAAAGCACCUUCCUUGCAAAGUCAAUGUCCUGGAUACGCCGCCGACAGAUCUCCAGUGACCACGGUGACUGGAAAGUCUACAACCCCAGACUAAAGCCCGGCGCAUUCAGCUUCGGAUAUUUUAACACCUGGUAUCCCGACGUGGACGACACCGCAGCGGCCGUGGUCUCCAUGAUCAGACAAGACGCUCAUCCCAUGCAAUCCCCCCAUAUCCAGGAUGCACUGACAUGGCUCCUCGGAAUGCAGAACGCCGACGGCGGCUGGGGCGCCUUCGACCGAGACAACAACAAACUCUUCCUCAACAAGAUCCCAUUCAGCGACAUGGAGGCCCUCUGUGACCCGUCCACCCCAGACGUCACCGGUCACGUCCUCGAAGCCUUCGGCAUCUUCCUCUCAGUCAUCCGCCAGCAUAACACGCAACACAAAGUCCAAACCGAACGAGACGACCUCGUUGACCGAUUAACCUCCGCCUCCCAGCGAGCAAUCUACUACCUCUCAGACGCACAAGAAUCUUCCGGCGCCUGGUUCGGCCGCUGGGGCUGCAACUACAUCUACGGCACCAGCUCCGUCCUCUACGCGCUAGCAUACUUCGUCGGCACCCGCGAAAACACGAAGUGGAUUGAGCGCGACGACAGCAUCCACGACGGCGUCAACUCCGCAAUACUCUGGUUGGAAGCUACUCAAAAUGCCGACGGCGGCUGGGGCGAGACACUGCAUUCCUACAAGGAUCCGCUUCGGGCUGGCACGGGUCCUUCAACAGCGUCGCAGACGGCUUGGGCGCUCAUGGCGCUGAUUCCUUAUCUGGAACCGUCGAGUAGGGCGGUGCGGCAGGGGGUGGAGUAUUUGCUUCGCACGCAACGGAAGACUGGUGGACAAGGGGCGACUUGGCCGGAGAAGUAUUAUACUGGGACUGGGUUCCCGAGUCAUUUCUAUAUUGGGUAUUCGUUUUAUCCGCAUUAUUUCCCGUUGAUGGCGCUUGGGAGGUAUGCGAGUUCGUUGGGUCAUCGGCCGUUGAGUCAUUUCAGUGUUGAGGAUUGA